UUGCGCCCUCCUCAGCCCCUCCCCCAGGUAUGAAGGGUCUAGACUCUUUUCCUAUCACCCCCCCUUUGGUGGGUAAGGAUAGUCCCGCCCUUUCCAGUCUUUUGCGUUUUCCUAUUUGGAGGGAAAGCCGUGGGUCAGACCAUUGCAAUAUAAAGGGAAGGGAAGGUUUGCUGUUUUCUUUCCUCCUUUUCUUCACUUUGAGCUCCCUGCCUCCGUGGUGCACGAUGCCUGUCCAGCCCCUGCCCAAGGAGAUGGAGGCAGAGGGAGAUUCAGCAGCUGACAUGAAUGGUGAAGAAGAGAGCGAGGACGAGCACAGUGGCAGCCAGUCGGAGUCAGAAGAAGAGAGUUCAGAGAUGGAUGAAGAGGACUGUGAGAGACGUCGGUCGGAGUGUGUGGAUGAGAUGAUGCACUUGGAGAAGGAAUUCUCUGAAAUCAAGGAAAAGCUUUUCAAGGAGCGCCUGAAUCAAGUGAAGAUGAAACUAGAGGAUGUGAUGCUUGGGAAAGCAGCGGAGUAUCUGGACCCUCUGGGAGUCCUACAGAACCACAUGCAGAUCCGGAUUGAAGUGGCUGGGAUCUACAGAAACCUCUGCCUGGAGGUGAUUCACCACAAACAUCGGUGUGAACUUCAGGGAGCACAGCAGCAUCUGGAGAGCGAAAAGCUGUUGCUGUAUGACACCCUUCAGGAGCGCCUGUUGGAACGGAUCCAGCGCUUGGAAGAUGACAGGAACAGCGUGGGCCUCACCUCAGAAUGGUGGGAUGACAAACUUCGGCCAAAGCACAGUGCGAAGGAAUGGGACCCUCUCCGGCCUGGCAAGAGGAAGAAGCCACCAUUGGUAUCAGGCCCCUACAUUGUCUACAUGUUGCGUGAUAUUGACAUCAUGGAGGACUGGACAGCCAUCAAAAAGGCUAAAUCCGCAGUGUCCCCUCCGAAGAGGAAGAUAGAAGGCUCGGUGAAGGCGGAGAAGCUGCCAUCCCCAGCCCUGUUCUCGGCUCACUGUGAAGACGGCCACCUCCACUACGAAGGCGAGGUCUACGUCAAAGGGCAGAGCAUCUCCUUGCAGGUUGGGGAGGAGGCACCCGUCCAGGCCGUGAUCACAGCCAUCAGCACAGGAGAAGUCUGGCUCCGCAGGGAAGACGGCAGCAAAACCAAAAUCUAUGUGUCCCAGCUCCAGAAGGGUAAAUACUCAGUGCACAAAGCCUAACACCCAGUCGGGCCAUGGACUCGUGCUUGUCCCAUUUUUUUCUCCUGGAACUGGCAAGGCAUCUCAGAGGAGACCAAAGGAUCCUGAAGCAGCAAUACACUCCUCCCUGAGCUGUCCAAGCUGGAAAGAAAGGAGAAACUCUUGAGCCCAUAAUGCACUGCAGUUACCAGCUUCAAGGCGUCGAUGGAUUGAGGCCCUGGUGUGGAAUUCCCCCCAGCUGUUUCUGCUGCAGUUUUUACUCUGCUUGCCAAGUGUGCUCUUUCUCUGCUUGGGAAAGGUGUGUGUGUGCGUGCGUGCACAUGUGUGUGUGUGUAUGUGGCAGCAGUCCCUCUUUCUGAAGAGACUUUCAAAUAAAGCACCAAAGUGAGAUUCUUCUAUUCUC